ACACUUGCGAUCCCACGCUCAUGAGAGCACCGUAUUUGCUAUCCUAUGCUCGAGUAAAUUCAGGCCCUUCCUUUCAGUACAUCAACUAUCCUUCACCAAAACAGCAUUCUAUACCAACUAUAGAAACUAUCAUACAAUAAUAAUUACGGGGCACGUUUCGCUAAGCAUAAAUUCUCCUUGCGAAUACUUCCCUGCCGCUUGGUGCAAAUGGCGUUGCAUUGUCAUCGGGCUUCUCCCGCUGAGUUGCACCCCUUCCGCGCUACAAUAAUAAAUACCGGCAACACGUGAUACCGAAACGUGCGUGAAUGGAGACAGUUGGGGUUUCCUAACUUCCAAACUCCUACAUGGGGCUGUCUACGAUCAUGGUGUUUGUGAUACCCCAAACCGGCGGGAUGGUCGCAUAUCUAAUGCUCUAUGGCUGUGCUGAAAUAUUUACCAUCAUUCCGGACUCAAAGGCUGGAAGAGUAAGAAUGCAAUACGAGCUAAUGAAUCAAGAUCUUAGGUCCAUCCUGACAAUAUUGUUGGUUUGGUGCUUUGUAACAUGUACGGAGUACGACCCUUCGUGGAUACGAUAGAAGAUCUGGGGGUAGCGAUUGGCGGCACUUGAACUGAUAUCGUCAACAUUGACUGCCGGCACCUCAUGAACCCGAAAUGGCUUGCGAUAAGUGCCGGUCGAUCACAAGAUAUUCGCCCCUCAAUAUGCGGAAGCUGAAGCGGCCCGAUCUCGAUAGUUUUAAUUGUGGACAGAUCCCAGUGUUCCCUCGUGGUGAGUUAAAAUAGAGAUGCACAACAGUGAGAUGGUGCGAGGUUCUACCACGGAUAUGUGUGAUUGCAGUGUGUCGCAGGUGCUCAUUAGAGGCUAGUCCAUAACUUGUAGUGCGCACGUAUGUGAUGCAAGUGAAGAAUCUAUUUCCCCUGCAUACAUAGU